CUGAGGUGCUGUUUGUGUGUACUGGUUCAAUCCUCGUUUUAUUGUCAGAAUGAACUUGUAGUGCUACAGCUGUGUGGAUCUGGGAUCAUUCCUGCUAUAAUUCUGCAUGUUAUGUCUGUUUUUUCUAGUGUGGUUGCUGAGAAAUGGCCAAUGAGAAUCACAGAAGCCCUGCGGAGGAAGCGUCUCUCAUGAGUCACUCACCUGGCACCUCCAACCAGAACCAGCCCAGCUCCCCCAAACCCAUGCGCCUGGUACAGGACCUGCCAGAUGAGCUGGUGCAGGCUGGCUGGGAGAAGUGCUGGAGCAAGCGGGAGAACCGCCCCUACUACUUCAAUCGCUUCACGAACCAGUCUCUGUGGGAAAUGCCUGUGCUGGGACAGCACGAUGUCAUCUCAGAUCCUCUGGGAUUGAACGCGGCUCCAAUGCCACUGGAAGGUGGGGUGGCAGAUACCUCUGUGGAGAGCAAGCAGAGGAAGAGGAGGUUCUCGGAGGAGGUUCCACCAAGUGGCAACAGUGUGAAGAAGCCUAAGACUGAUGUCCCUGGGAACCAAGCUGCUCAGCCAGUCCCCAGCUCGCCCAGUAUUCCAGGAACCUCUGUUUUGAAGGCAUGGUGUGUUUCACCUGAAGACAAACAGCAGGCAGCUCUUCUACGACCAACUGAAGUAUAUUGGGACCUGGAUAUUCAGACAAACGCAGUGAUUAAGCAGAGGGCACCAUCAGAAGUGCUUUCUCCACACCCUGAGGUGGAGCUGCUUCGGUCCCAGCUUAUUCUCAAGCUGCGGCAGCAUUACCGUGAGCUCUGCCAGCAGAGAGAGGGGAUUGACCCCCCAAGGGAGUCCUUUAAUCGCUGGAUGUUGGAGAGGAAGGUGGUUGAUAAAGGGACAGAUCCUCUUUUACCGAGUGACUGCGAGCCAGUAGUGUCUCCUUCCAUGUUCAGAGAGAUCAUGAAUGACAUUCCCAUCAGGUUAUCCAGAAUCAAGUUCCGUGAGGAAGCCAAGAGACUGCUCUUCAAGUAUGCCGAGGCUGCGAAACGCCUGAUUGAAUCCAGGAGUGCUUCCCCAGACAGCAGGAAGGUGGUGAAGUGGAACGUGGAGGACACAUUCAGCUGGCUGCGACGGGACCAUUCCGCCUCCAAGGAGGACUACAUGGACCGCCUGGAGCACUUACGCAAACAGUGUGGGCCCCACGUGUCUGCUGCAGCCAAGGACUCCGUGGAAGGCAUCUGUAGUAAGAUUUACUACAUAUCCCUGGAAUACGUCAAGCGGAUCCGGGAGAAGCAUCUUGCCAUACUCAAAGAGAACAAUAUCUCUGCUGAGGUGGAAGCUCCUGAGGUCCAGGACAGGCUGGUGUACUGUUACCCUGUGAGACUGGCCAUCCCCUCCCCACCACUCCCCAGCGUGGAGAUGCACAUGGAGAACAACGUGGCGUGUGUGCGGUACAAGGGGGAGAUGGUCAAAGUGAGCCGCAACUACUUCAGCAAGCUGUGGCUUCUCUAUCGGUACAGCUGCAUCGACGACUCGGGCUUUGAAAAGUUCCUGCCCAGGGUUUGGUGCCUUCUCCGUCGAUAUCAGAUGAUGUUCGGUGUGGGGCUGUACGAAGGGACUGGUCUGCAAGGGGCACUUCCCGUGCACAUCUUCGAAGCCCUCCACAAGCUCUUUGGAGUGAGUUUUGAAUGCUUUGCCUCGCCCCUGAAUUGCUAUUUUAAACAGUACUGUUCGGCCUUCUUGGACACAGACGGGUAUUUUGGAUCCAGGGGCCCAUGCCUGGAUUUCUUCCCUAUAAGUGGCUCUUUUGAGGCAAAUCCGCCGUUCUGUGAGGAGCUGAUGGAUGCCAUGGUCUCUCACUUUGAGAAACUGCUGGAGAGCUCCAGCGAGCCACUGUCCUUCAUUGUCUUCAUCCCUGAGUGGCGGGACCCCCCCACGCCGGCCCUGACCCGCAUGGAGCAGAGCAAGUUCAAGCGGCACCAGCUCAUCCUGCCGGCCUUCGAUCACGAGUAUCGCAGCGGGUCCCAGCACGUCUGCAAAAAAGAGGAGAUGUACUACAAGGCUGUGCACAACACAGCCGUCCUCUUCCUGCAGAACAGCGCCGGCUUUGCCAAGUGGGAGCCCACGCCGGAGCGGCUGCAGGAGCUCGUUGCAGCCUACAAGCAUUCAGGCCGGACCCUGAGCUCCUCAUCUUCCUCCUCCUCGUCCUCCUCCUCCUCGUCCUCCUCCACAGAUGCGCUCGUGAGCUACCCCCUCACGCCGGUGCCCUCCCCGGCAGCGGUGUGCCCUCUAGAAACGGGGGCUGGGAUGAGGGCGAGUGCCAGCGCCGGUGGCACCGACCUGGGGUUGGAGUUCGGCCUGGGUAGGGUCCUGCUCCCCUGA